UCGUUCAGAUACAAUCCGUUGAAGUAUUCAGUAUUUAGUAGACAGCGAUGAAAGGGAGAGGCAAAUCGUGUUUUUCGUAGCAGAAAUCGACAGCACCAAUUUCUUCAAAAACCCAUUAUAUUAUUAUUCGUUGUUAUUAAUUCUAAGUUAGUUGGAAAGGUGUCACAACGGCAAGAACAGCAACUCUCCCCCUUGAAAUUAAAAACGGCCAUUAGAACCAAAACCAACCAGUGUUAUAGUUAUUUUGUUUUUACAAUUUAUUUUGUUCUUCAAUAUCUAUCUCUUAGUUUUAUAGUUUUUUUGAAUUCGAUUUAUUGAUUUCAAUUUGUUCUAAAAUAAAAAUAAAAAUAAAAACAAAAACAAAACAUAGAUAAUACCUAUAACUAACUUAAUAUACAAAGUGCUGAGUGAUUGUUUAAUUUCGCGUAUUUUUUUUAUUAAAAACUUACAAAAGAAGAUACUUUUUCUACAGUUCGUGUUAACUAACUUAUAUACACGUUAAUUUUUAGUUUGAAUGAAAGCAAAGUCUGUGCCACACACUCUGUUAUUAAGACUUCACACACAACCGACCGACGGCGAGCGACGGUAAUUCGCUUGGAUUAAAAAUUAAAAAGAAAAAUCAAAAAUAUCUAAAUUUUAUAGUUUAGUUUGUGUGUUGUGUUUUUAUUUUUUUUUUGUGAAAACUUAAGUGCCUAAAAAUAACAACAUAUAUUUAUAUUAAAUAAAAUAAAAACAUAGAUAAAUAAUAUUACAUAUUUAUAAAGAUAAAUUCAAAAAAUAAAACCUCUUCUCAAAUGUUCAAAUCAAAUAUCAUCAACAUCGUACUAUAUCUAUAAUUUUGUAACUGAUCAUUAAAAUUAUUUAAAUUUAAAAAUUUGAAAGUAUGACAAACGAAUCCAGUUCUAUGACAAUGAAAAGUGAUAAUGAAAGCAAAUUAGUUAACACUACUAUUACUAGUAAUAAUAAUAUCGUGAAUAAUAACAAUAAUAAUAUUUACUACACCUGCAGUAGUAGCAACAAGUUAACAACAGAACCAACAACAUUAACGGUGGCGGCAACAGCAACAGCAACAUCAUCGGCUUCGGCUUCGAUAGUUAGUGAUUUGCCAUCGAUAACGUUAGCGCCAUUUGCGAAGAUCAAACGUGAAGCGGAAUUCAACAACAACAACAACAACAACAACACCAACUCCAAUCGAUCAUCGUCAAUGGUUAUGAAAUCAUCAGCUAACAUCAAUAAUAAUCAUAAUCAUAAUUCUCAAGUGCCAACAAAUAGUAAUAACAAUAAUAAUAAUACAGUAAGUGCAAAAAUGGGCUCACGUAGAAUUUUCACGCCACAAUUUAAGUUGCAAGUUCUCGAAUCGUAUCGCAAUGAUGCCGAUUGCAAGGGCAAUCAAAGGGCCACGGCCCGAAAAUAUAAUAUCCAUCGACGCCAAAUACAGAAAUGGUUGCAAUGCGAAUCGAAUUUGCGUUCGUCGGUGGCGAAUAUUUGUGCGAAUAAUGUGAAACAUCAGUUUCAUAAUAUAACCCAUCAUCAAAUGCCAAUUGUAACAAAUUCAACGUUGCCAUUGCCAUCGUCGGCGGCAGCAGCGGCGUCUUCGUUGUCAAUACACUCAAAUAAUAAUCAACAACAUCAUCAUCAUCAUCAUGCCCACCAUAAUCAACAACAAUAUAAAGCCAUUAAUAAUCGGCUGUCCUUGGACACAACCAGACAUAGCGUCGCUCUGACUUCCAUACAGAUUCCAACAACCAAAGGGGUGUUGGCGGCAGCAGCAGCAGCACAAGCAGCAGCUAAUAAAUUAGGAGAUGUAGUAGGUGCAGUGGCACCAUUAUCAUCGUCGUCGUCGUCGUCGUUGUCGCCCUCGUCUACGGCGUUCUUGUCCACCAGCACUGGCACAACGAAAAGCCUACGCGCACCUACAUCACCCGUUCUCCAUUCUCAGAUUCUAACGAAGUCAUCGUCGUCGUCGUUAAAUUCAGCGAUGGCGGUGUCUCCAUCAAAAGGGGGGCACUCGGCAGGAGCACCAUUACAUGCCUAUCAUCAUCACGAGAGUAUGGGUAUUCACACACCACCUGCUUCGUUGUCAAGUGUGCCAGUAUCAGUACCAAUAAUUACACCACAUCCGCAUACACACUUGCAUGUGGCUAAUUUGAAAAUUCAUCAUUACCAACACCUCCACAUGGAACAACAUCAGCACCACCACCAUCAUAAUCUACAUCACCCAUACAAUCAAGUACAACUACCUCCGCCACCGCACCAAUCAAGUGAACGACGUCCGUUCAUGCCGUCAGCAAGUCUGCCUGCUUUACCUACUUCUUCAUCGUCGUCUUCGUCGUCGUCGUCGUUCUCGACAACCACUACAUCCUCCUCUUCACCCCCGGCAUCAACACCAUUGACAGCUGUUGCUCUCUCAUGCACAGACACUCUGGCAACCAACCCUGCUUCUGCUUCUGCUUCUGCUGCUGGCCGUGUUGCUCUGUCUCUAGCUCAUGUGGAGGAAAAUCGAAUCGACGAGUUACGUGACUAUCGGGCAACGUCAACAGAAAAUCGUUAUAUGAAUGAAAAUGAGUACGCUGCUGCUGUUCAAAGCAGAACGCUGAUGCAGCGUGCUUAUGAAGGAUUCCAUUACCUUCCAUUCCCUAUGCACAUGUAUCCGGCUGCGGCGACGAUGAUAGCGCCAAUCGAUUUAUCAUUGGGCACGAAACGGCUUGGGUACUCGCUUGCCUCCCCGUCCCCACUAAACGAGAAUAACAAUGUGGAGCAACACCAUGCCACAGAAUACACAGAAGCCCUCAUCAAAUACGAAAAACCAUCAUCACCAAAGAGCGAAGACGAUGAUUCCCAGUUGAAUGUUGUUGACUCGGAUAUUUCUGAAUCGUCUUCGGUUGUGGAUUUGACUUUGAGAAAGCGUAAAGUACUGAUGCCUAUUUCUGAAGAUGUUACGGCUGAAAAGCACACAAAGGUCAAUGAGAGCUCCGAGAAAGAAAAACCAGCUUCUUCUGAACCCGCUAAGCCCUUUAAACUCUUCAAACCCUAUUUGCUCGACGAUGAAGCCACCAAGUCAAGCGAGGAAUCAUCGAGCAAAAUAUGCAAGCAAAAGGAUCCCAUUAUUUGGAGUCAUCAUACUGCUUGUUUGUCCCCACCGAUAAGUGUCGAUAGCCUUCAAUCUGGCACUCAUGGCAGUAAUUUUCAAUCGCCUCCAGUCGAUGCAACAUAUCCAUUUCCAGCCGGGAGUCCCACAUUUCAAUCUACCAAUGCACCCCUAUCAGCUGGCUUCAGAUGCCCCAAAGGAUCACCCGUAUCCGGUUACGAAUCAUCAUCCUCCAUCUACUCCGAUUCAGUAUCAUCGAACAGCGGAGACAUUAGCUACAACAGCAGCAACAACCCACCUCAUCACUCCGCCACCACCAGCUACUGUUUCGACAUCAAAGUCCACAACAUCAACGGUGACCUCCCGAACAAUCACCUGAUAUCCCCCACACCCAAACGUCCCUUCAUUGCUGACGAAUGCAUACCUCUCCUUCCUCCCAGCACCGCUAUCACCCACAAUCAUGUCCAGAGAUGGCUGGACCAAGAAUCUGGCAUCAGACAAGGCAUUGCUCUAUAUGUUUAGAACAAAAGAACAUCUCUGCAUAGCUCUGUUCGAUUUGAAAUCGACUUACAAAUUGUUUUCUUUUUAAUUUGUACAUAAGGCAAUAUUUUUUACUGUUUUAAUAAUUAUAUUUUAAGAUAAAUCAAAUAACCACCAAACCGCAUAUCACAAUAUUAUUUCAAAAACAACAACAAAAUAUAUAAGUAAAUUUUUUUCAAAAUAUUUAAUUGAAUAUCAUUGAGGCUUUAUUCAGAAUUGAACAUAAAACAAAAUAUUAAUUGCCAUAAAUUAUUUCUUAUUCUAGUUCUUAAGUAUAUAAUUAUGAAAUAUAUAUUAUUUAAUAGUUUUUUUUUUUUGUUAAUUUUAAGAAAAUAUAACUUAUAGUUUCCUUUUUACUUUACAUAAUCAACAAACUCAAGUGCGACAUAUUUUUCUUAAAAAUUGGUACUUUCAUAGAAAGGAACUUUAAAAAGAUAAAAACAUAUAGUAUAGCUUUAUAUAUUGAAAUAAAAUAAAAAAAAAAACAUUGUUAUUUGUUAACUAAAAAAAUUUAAGAAAGAAAAUCUGAAGUAAUUGUAAUAAAAAUAAAAUUUAGAAUUUGUGAUACUAAAAAUCAAUCAAAAGAAACACUUAAAAAAAUCAAAUUUAAUAAAACAAAAACAAAAGUCAAUUAUAAAUAAAA